GCCGGAUUGUAUGAUUUCUGGAACUCGUCUUCUAUUAUUAGUAGAAUUAUAAAGCAACUAACCAUUCGAUUUCAAUUCUAUGUGGUAAGAAAGUUCAGCCAGAAUGGCGGGCGUCUUCCAUGUUCAGUUUGGUAUCAACGAGACACCUCUCUCUCGGGCUCUCGAGUAUGGUCAGUUUGAUGUCGCAGAGAAGAUGAUCAAGGAAUGUACUUCUGCAUCUUAUCUUGAUGAGGGUUGCUACACAAGGACUCCAUUGGUGAUCUGCCUAAAACCAAGGUUGAAAAGCAAAACUAACUUCCAUAUUGCAAAACUACUUGUCGAACGUGGUGCUGAUCCAAAUAUAAGGAUACCAAAUACUGAUGGUGCUGAGUUCAUCGAUCCAGGUCAGAGUCCCUUAGAACUGGUAACGGAACUUUUCUACAAUUGUACGAGAUGCAAAUUCCAUUCAGAGACAUUUCCAGAUGAGGUCGAGGAAAGUCUUUUUAAUAAGAUCUUACCAAUGAUUGGAUUGCAUAAGAAGCGCAUCACAUCUAAUGAGGAACUACAGGAACACAUUUAUGGGAUAAGUGUGGUUUUGUUAGGUUAUGGUGCAAAUGUCAAUGUAAUGAAUAAAUUUGGUAACACACCGCUGAGGGACAUUUUGAGAAGUUGCCGCACAAAACCAAAACUCUUGGAGCUCUUUCUUGAGAAUGGUGCAGAUGUUAAUGCCCAGGCUAAUGGUAGUUUCACCCCUCUGAUGCAUCUCUGUUCUAUCCAGUUCGGUUGCUCCACCGUUGAUGGUGAGUGGAGAAAGGAGGCUGGUGGCUGCUUACAUGAGAACCAUGAGGAGAGGAAUCUCCAAAAGUUGGAGACCGUAUUUGAGGUUGGACAGGUUGAGAUAAAUAAAACCAACAGGAGGAAUCAGACAGCCCUUUUUGUGGCAUGUGCGUGCAGCCAUUUUGCACAGGGUAAAAUCCUCCUUCGGGAAGGUGCUUCUCCUGAUUUCAAGGGAGGAAUUUUUAUCUUCAGUAAAACAACAAACGAGAACAAUGAGUCAAGUGGCUCUUCUGGGAGAGUGGAUGUGACGCCCUUGAUUGCUGCCCUUGUGAGCCCGAAAAUCCAGGCUGAAAUUAUCGACUUCCCUGACAAACCGCUCAAACUAUUAGAACUAGGAGACAUCAUAGACACAGGUAAAUUUUGCUCAAACGUCAUAUGGGAGGAAUUCUGUGAGAUUAUCACUAGUCUCUUCAGCAGCUUUACUCACUUGCUGAAGUAUGGACCAAAGCUCAUCAGCCUCAUGUUUGGAAGUGCCACCUCUGACCUGGUACAACAAACUACUCGAAAUAUCUUCCAUGACUUGUUCAAAAUUCAUGGCUCGACGGAGUGGAAAACUGGGAGGAUGGCAGAUUUGAAAACACUGGAUUUGCAGAACUAUUGGAAAAUGGAUGAGUGCGUUGAUUCUACCAAUUGCGUUACUUUGUCUUUCUUUGUCUCAAAACUUCGAUUACCAACUGAUUUAGUGGAACGCUUCGAAAUCGAGUGGCUACGACUUUGUCUCUGUGCGUAUUACGCUAAUGCUAUGAUGGCGUGUUCAAUCACGUCAGAUAGCUAUGGAACUAUCAGUAGUGAUGAGGACAGUGAUGACUAUGAAGACGAUUCUGAUAUGGAGUUUUGGUGAGGGUCCUCCACUUGUGAAGUAAACAAGCUUACAUCACGAGUUUACUGUAUGUGGGGCUCAGUAUUGAGGUACAGGCUAACUCAAACCAAUUAUCUCAAUACCCUACUUGCUGUGACGUCAACAGGAAUUCCUAAAAUGGCUGCUUCCUCAUUGUCAGCCCUCAAAACUGUCUUUGUCAGUGUAAUUUCACUAUGUGCUUAAAUGACACUAUAAGGUACUAACCUUUUGUUGGUUAGUUAUUACAACGAAUCUUACAAUAUUUAUACAUGUAUAAUGAUAGCAAAAAACAAAGUGUUAAUUUUGGUACAUUUAUUUUUGACUCCACUAGAUAC